AGAGCUGCCGAGGAGGCGGGGCCAGGACGGCGGGACCGGCCGCUGGGUCCCAGCGAGGGCCGACGCUGGGCGGUGAGAGCUGAGGAGAGCUCGUCGCCGAGGGCCCCUCACCCAGGCUCGGCGGGGCUGACGACGAGGGCCAGGAGCUCAGAAUGGUGAGGGAACGGCGUACUGGGGACUUCAUGGUGCCCUUGGGACCCCAGCUACAAGCAUAUCCCGAAGAACUCAUUCGACAGCGGCCUGGGCAUGAUGGGCAUCCUGAAUACCUGAUCCGCUGGAGUGUCCUGAAAUGCGGGGAAUCGAGCAGAGUGGAUGUGGAAGAGGGAAAGGCAGAGCACAUCCUCAUGUGGCUAUCAGCCCCUGAGGUCUACGCCAACUGCCCAAUGCUGCUAGGGGAGCGGACGCUGUCUAAGGGACCUCAGCUUGAAUCAGUGGGGAGUCCAGGCAGCUUUCCCCGAGAUCCCGGAGGCCUGGAUGACGUGGCAAUGGGAGAGCUGGAGGCUGAUGUGCGGGCACUGGUCCGCAGGGCUACUAGGCAACUGGCAGAAGGUGGGGCCUCCAGCCUCACGGCUGCUGUGCUCCACACUGUCCAUGUGCUCAGUGCCUAUGCUAGCAUUGGGCCCCUCACUGGGGUCUUCAGGGAGACAGGAGCCCUGGAUCUGCUUAUGCAUAUGUUGUGUAAUCCUGAGCCUCAGAUCCGUCGGAGUGCGGGCAAGAUGCUGCAGGCACUGGCAGCCCACAAUGCUGGGAGUCGGGCUCAUGUCCUUCUGUCACUGAGCCAGCAAGAUGGCAUCGAACAGCACAUGGAUUUUGACAGCUGCUAUACUUUGCUGGAGCUGUUUGCAGAGACCACGUCCUCUGAGGAACACUGCAUGGCCUUUGAGAGCAUUCAUCUGCCUCAGAUCCCAGGCAAGCUGCUGUUCUCACUGGUGAAACGCUACCUGUGCGUCACUUCCCUGCUGGAUCAGCUGAAUAGCAGUCCAGAGCCAGGGGCUGGAGACCAGGCCUCUGCAUCUUCCAGGGAGGAGCUGGGUUUGAAGAAAAGCCGGGGGCAGCGGGAGCUGGAAUUCAGUAUGGCUGUGGGCAACCUCAUCUCAGAGCUGGUGCGGAGCUUGGGCUGGGCCCGGAACCUCAGCGAACAGGGCACGUCGCCGCCACGGCCAGCCCGGUCCAUCUUUCAGCCCUGCAUGUCAAGCCCCAGCCUCUUACUCCCCACCUCCACCUUCACUGCCACCCCACGAAAGCCAGGGUGGGCCUUCCGCCCACGCUCUGAAUUCUCUAGCCGCAGUGGCUAUGGUGAGUACAUGCAGCAGACACUGCGGCCAGGGAUGCGAGUGCGGAUGCUGGAUGAUUAUGAAGAAAUCAGUGCCGGAGAUGAGGGCGAAUUCCGGCAGAGCAACAAUGGUGUGCCCCCAGUGCAGGUCUUCUGGCAGUCAACUGGUCGCACUUACUGGGUGCACUGGCAUAUGUUGGAGAUCUUGGGCCCUGAGGAAGCUGUUGAGGAUACGGCUCCAGCAGCUGUGAAGAAGGAGGAAGAGGCUGCUAUGUUGGGCACAGCAUUUCCCUCUUGGGACUGGAAGCCUGUGGAUGGACUCUACUCUUUGCCGUACCUCCAGCCAGAACCUCAGAAGAAUGAGGAAUUGGGAUACCUGACCCAGGCUGAGUGGUGGGAGCUGCUCUUCUUCAUCAAGAAAUUGGAUGCCUGUGAACAGCAGCCCAUUUUCCAGAGUCUGCGGGAGAAGCUGGAUGAGACCCUGAGUGAAAAGGCCCUUGGUGAAAUCUCCGUGCCCAUAGAGGUGGCGGAGGGACUGCUGCGAGUUCUAAGUUCUCGGUUUGAGGGCAGCACCCUCAGUGACCUGCUCAGCAGCCAGAUCUACACCAAAUACGGGCUGCCACGUGAUGAACUAAGCAGCUCAUCUUCUUCACACAGUCCCUCCUCUACACCAGAUCCAGAAGAGGAGUUCAGGUCAGAAGCCAGCUUCUCAGAGGAAGAGGCGGAAUCCCCCCAAGGAAAGGCUGAGCGCCCUGAGGCAGAGGCAGAACCUGCCAUAGUAAAAACUGAGCCCCCCAUGGCACAGAGUGAUUCCCAGCUCUUUAACCAGCUCCUGAAGACAGAGGGGAUGGCUCUGCCCCCUGAGAUGAAGGAGGCAGCUGAUGAAAUGGCCAGAGCAUUGCGGGGUCCUGGCCCACGCAGCUCCCUGCAUCAGCAUGUGGCGGCGAUCGUGGCCACCGUGCAGAUACCCAUCUUGGACUCAAACCUGCAGCUUUCAGGGCUCUAUGCCCUCUCUCAGGCUGUGGAGGAGGUCACUGAGCGGGACCACCCUCUGGUUCGUCCUGACAGAUCCCUGAGAGAGAAGCUAGUGAAGACACUAGUGGAGCUGCUGACCAACCAGGUGGGAGAGAAGAUGGUGGUGGUGCUGGCCCUGCGCCUCCUCUACCUGCUCAUGACCAAGCAUGAGUGGCGUCCACUCUUUGCCAGGGAAGGUGGCAUCUAUGCUGUCCUGGUCUGCAUGCAAGAAUAUAAGACUUCCGUUUUGGUACAGCAGGCGGGCCUGGCGGCACUGAAGAUGUUGGCCAUUGCCAGCUCCCCGGAAAUCCCCGCUUUUGUCACUGGCCGAGAUUCUGUCCACCCUUUGUUUGAUACUCAGAUGACUAGAGAGAUCUUCGCCAGCAUCGACUCAGCUACCCGCCCAGGCUCUGAGAGCCUGCUCCUCACCAUUCCUGCAGCUGUGAUCCUGAUGUUAAACACUGAAGGGUGCUCCUCUGCAGUGAGAAAUGGUCUACUUCUGCUCAAUCUACUUUUGUGCAACCACCACACUCUGGGAGACCAGAUUAUCACCCGAGAGCUGAGAGACACCUUGUUUAGGCACUCGGGGGUAGCGCCAGGGACAGAGCCUAUGCCCACCACACGCACCAUCCUCAUGAUGCUUCUCAAUCGCUACUCAGAGCCACCAAGCAGUCCUGAGCAUGCAGCUGUAGUAGAGACCCCUGGAGCUGAGGGCCAGGAUGGGUCCCUAGAGCUGCUGAUGCGCUCCCUGGUGGGGGACUCGUCUGCAGAGCUCCUCCUGGACUUGGAACGAAUGCUAUGUCAGGAGGACAGCUCGGGGAGCACUGUGGGGCCCCUCCUCAAGCGCCUCCAGCAGGAGACCCAGCCCUUCCUCCUGCUGCUGCGGACUCUAGAUGCUCCCGGCCCCAACAAAACUCUGCUGCUGACAGCACUGAGGGUCAUGACCCAGCUGCUGGAUCACCCUGAGGCAAUGGUCCUACCUUGGCACGAGGUUUUGGAGCCCUGCCUCAACUGCCUGAGUGGGCCCAACAGUGACUCUGAGAUCGUUCAGGUGCUGCUCUGCUUCCUGCAUCGCCUCGCUUCAGUGCAUAAGGACUACGCAGUGGUGCUCUGCUGCCUGGGAGCCAAAGAGACUCUCUCCAAAGUCCCAGACAAGCACUCUGAUCAGCUGCUGCUAGCCUGUGAACUUGAACAUCUGGUGACAGCAUGUGAGAAGCAUGCCCAGCUGUAUAGUAAACUCACCUCCAGCAUCCUGGCCGGCUGCAUUCAGAUGGUGCUGGGCCAGAUCGAAGACCACAGACGAACCCAACAACCCAUCAACAUCCCCUUCUUUGACGUGUUCCUCAGGCAUCUCUGCCAGGGCUCCAGUGUGGAAGUGAAAGAGGACAAGUGCUGGGAGAAGGUAGAGGUGUCUUCCAACCCACACCGGGCCAGCAAGCUGACAGAUCGCAACCCCAAGACCUAUUGGGAGUCCAAUGGCAGCACCGGCUCCCACUACAUCACCUUGCAUAUGCACCGUGGUGUUCUUGUUAGGCAGCUGACCUUGCUGGUGGCCAGUGAAGACUCCAGUUACAUGCCAGCCAGGGUGAUGGUGUUUGGGGGUGACAGUGCCAGCUGCAUCAGCACUGAGCUCAACACGGUGAAUGUUCUGCCCUCUGCCACCCGGGUGGUCCUCCUGGAGAAUCUGAACCGCUUCUGGCCCAUCAUCCAGAUCCGCAUAAAGCGCUGCCAGCAGGGUGGCAUCGACACCCGGGUUCGGGGUGUGGAGGUCCUGGGCCCCAAGCCCACUUUCUGGCCACUGUUUCGGGAGCAGCUGUGUCGCCGUACUUGUCUCUUCUACACAAUUCAGGCCCAAGCCUGGAGCCAGGACAUAGCAGAGGACCGCAAGCGUCUCCUCCAGCUCUGUCCCAGACUGAACAGAGUUUUGCGACAUGAGCAGAAUUUUGCUGAUCGCUUCCUCCCUGACGAGGAGGCUGCCCAAGCACUGGGCAAGACAUGCUGGGAGGCCCUGGUCAGCCCCCUGGUGCAGAACAUCACCUCCCCCGAUGCAGAAGGUGUGAGCUCCCUGGGAUGGUUGCUGGAUCAGUACCUAGAACAGAGGGAAAGCUCUCAGAAUCCCCUGAGCCGAGCAGCAUCCUUUGCCUCUCGAGUUCGUCGCCUGUGCCACUUGCUGGUGCACGUGGAGCCGCCUCCGGGGCCUUCUCCUGAGCCAUCUCCUCAGCCCUUCAGCAAGAACAGUAAGGGUAGGGACCGGAGCCCUGGGCCUUCACCCAUCCUUCCAAGCAGCAGCCUGCGGAACAUAACCCAGUGCUGGCUGAGUGUGGUGCAGGAACAGGUCAGCAGGUUCCUGGCUGCAGCCUGGAGGGCCCCAGACUUUGUGCCACGUUACUGUAAACUCUAUGAGCGCUUGCAGAGAGCGGGCUCAGAGCUCUUUGGGCCUCGGGCAGCCUUUACCCUGGCUCUACGCAGCGGCUUUUCGGGUGCCUUGCUGCAGCAGUCCUUCCUCACUGCUGCUCAUAUGAGCGAGCAGUUUGCCAGGCACAUCGACCAGCAGAUCCAGGGUGGCCUGAUCGGUGGGGCCCACGGAGUGGACAUGCUAGGGCAGCUUCAGCGACACCUGGAGCCCAUCAUGGUCCUUUCUGGCCUCGAACUGGCUACUACUUUUGAGCACUUCUACCAACACUACAUGGCAGACCGUCUCUUGAGCUUAGGCUCCAACUGGCUGGAGGGAGCCGUGCUGGAGCAGAUUGGCUUCUGUUUCCCCAACCGCCUCCCCCAGCAGAUGUUGCAGAGCCUGAGCACCUCCGAGGAGCUGCAGCGCCAGUUCCAUGUCUACCAGCUCCAGCAGUUUGACAAACUUCUCUUGGAGCAGGGUAAUAAGGAGGAACAGGGCUUGGAAGAAGAGGAGGAGGAAGAGGAAGAAGAGACUGAGAAAAAACUAUUUAUCGAAGAGCCAAGUCCAACAGCUUCUAUACUGGUCCUGUCACCACGCUGCUGGCCUGUCUCCCCUCUCUGCUACCUAUACCACCCCAGGAAGUGCCUUCCUAUCGAAUUCUGUGAUGCCCUUGACCGCUUCUCCAAUUUCUACAUCCAGAGUCAGAACCAUCCAGUGCUGGACGUGGGACCUCAUCGGCGCCUGCAGUGGACGUGGCUAGGCCGGGCUGAGCUACAGUUUGGGAACCAGACCCUGCACGUGUCCACUGUGCAGAUGUGGCUGCUGCUGCAUUUCAACCACACAGAGGAGGUGUCAAUAGAAACUUUGCUGAAGAAAUCUGACCUCACCGGAGAGCUGCUGCUCCAGGCGCUUCUGCCCCUCACCUCUGAAACUGGCCCUUUAACCCUGCAUGAGGGUCAGGACUUCCCCCCUGGGGGUAUACUUCGGCUUCGUGAACCGGAGCCCCAAGCCUGCAAUGAGGCUCUGUGGCUGAUCCCUCCUCAGAUGUACCUGAAUGUAGAGGAGGAUGAGGGCCGGAUCCUGGAACAGAAGAGGAACCUCUUAAGCUGUCUUCUUGUCCGUAUUCUCAAAGCCCAAGGGGAAAGAGGCCUCCACAUUGAUCAGCUAGUUUUCCUGGUGCUGGAGGCCUGGAAGAAGGGUCCAAAUCCCCCUGGAAGCCUGGGCCACACUGUUGCUGGGGGCGUGGCCUGCUCCAGUACAGAUGUCCUCUCUUGCAUCCUGCACCUCCUGGGUCAGGGCUAUGUGCAGCGGCGUGAUGACCGGCCCCAGAUCCUGAUAUAUGGCAUCCCAGAGCCCACGGGACCCUGCCGGGGACAGGCAGACAUCCCCUUCUGUGGCAGUCAGGCCUCCAAGACUUCCAAGCCUAGCCCCAAAGCGGUGGCCACCCUAGCAUCGCUACAGCUGCCUGCAGGUCGCACCAUGAGCCCCCAAGAAGUAGAAGGGCUGAUGGAGCAGACAGUGCGGCAGGUGCAGGAGACUCUGAACCUACAGCCAGAUGUGGCUCAGCACCUUUUGGCUCACUCCCACUGGGGUGCUGAACAGCUGCUGCAGAGCUACAGUGAAAACCCUGAACCUCUGCUGCUGGCAGCUGGGCUGUGUGUGCCCCAGGCCCAGGAUGCUCCCACGCGCCCAGACCACUGCCCCGUCUGUGUCAGCCCUCUGGAGCCAGAUAGCAGCUUGCCCUCUCUCUGCUGCAGGCACUACUGCUGUAAGUCUUGCUGGAAUGAGUACCUGACAACUCGGAUUGAGCAGAACCUCGUGCUCAACUGCACUUGCCCCAUUGCUGACUGUUCUGCCCAGCCCACUGGAGCCUUCAUCCGUGCCAUCGUCUCCUCGCCAGAAGUCAUCUCCAAGUACGAGAAGGCACUCUUGCGCGGCUACGUGGAGAGCUGCUCCAACCUGACGUGGUGCACCAACCCCCAGGGCUGUGACCGAAUCUUGUGCCGCCAGGGCCUGGGCUGUGGGACCACCUGCUCCAAGUGUGGCUGGGCCUCUUGCUUCACCUGUAGCUUCCCAGAGGUCGGUAGAGAACUACACUCCUCCCUGCCACACACAGAUUCCACCCCAGCCUCUGUCACUUCUUUGAGCUCUUCUCCCAUCCCUGUAUGCAAUAAAUAUGAACCCCUCGCAGGUCCUCCCCACCCAUGCACACGCCAGCAGGGCUACCCCAGUAAGGGCUUGGCUACGUCCUCACCGCUCUUCCUACUCCAGGCACACUACCCUGCCAGCUGUGGCCACAUGUCUCAGUGGGUCGAUGAUGGUGGCUAUUAUGACGGCAUGAGUGUGGAGGCCCAGAGCAAGCACCUGGCCAAGCUCAUCUCCAAACGCUGUCCCAGCUGUCAGGCACCCAUUGAGAAGAAUGAAGGAUGUCUGCACAUGACCUGUGCCAAAUGUAAGCAUGGAUUCUGCUGGCGCUGCCUCAAGUCCUGGAAGCCAAAUCACAAAGACUAUUACAACUGCUCUGCCAUGGUAAGCAAAGCAGCCCGCCAGGAGAAGCGCUUCCAGGACUACAACGAGAGAUGCACUUUCCAUCACCAGGCCCGGGACUUCGCUGUGAACCUGCGGCACCAAGUGUCUGCUAUCCACGAAGUGCCUCCACCCCGAUCCUUCACCUUCCUCAGUGACGCCUGCCGGGGACUGGAGCAGGCUCGCAAGGUGCUGGCCUACGCCUGCGUAUACAGCUUCUACAACCAGGACACAGAGCACAUGGACGUGGUGGAGCAGCAGACAGAGAGCCUGGAGCUGCACACCAACGCUCUGCAGAUUCUCCUGGAGGAGAACCUGCUGCGGUGUAGAGACCUGGCUUCAUCCCUGCGCCUCCUGCGGGCAGACUGCCUCAACACGGGCCUGGAGCUGCUCCGGCGCAUCCAGGAGAGGCUGCUGGCUAUCCUGCAGCACUCCACCCAGGAUUUCCGAGUUGGUCUCCAGAGUCCAUCAUUGGAGGUCCGAGAGGUGAAAGGAUCAAACAUGCCGGCCAUGCCGCCCCAGGGCUCCUCAGGGGUAGAGGUGGAGGAGGAGGAGGAGGAAGAGGAGGAUGACGUGCCAGAGUGGCAGCAAGAUGAGUUUGACGACAGCUUUUCGGAUGAUGAGGAGUCUGAGAAUCUGGACCGAGACACUUUCUUCUUUGGGGACGAGGAGGAAGAGGAUGAUGAAGCCUAUGACUGAGAGGCAGGGAACAGGGAUACCCGGAACAGCCCUAGAGUCAUGAGGCUAAAGGGGUGGGAUGACCCCUGCCCACCUUCUGGGGAUGGGCAGUUCCCUCCAUCAGCAGAACUGUCUUCUGUUUACUAAAUAAACUUUUUUUCCUUUUUUUUUCACAUA